GACGAUACAAUCGUUUCGCGCGAACUUCUCAGUCGAUCGCGUGUGUUCGAUGUCCCGAUGAUGGCCCCCGAAAACGAAACAUUCACCCUGAAAGACCACAGCGACGUGCCCCCUUACAUAUGGGAGAUCGCUCACCAAUUACUCUUGGGCGUCGACGAUAAGAAGUUGGACCUACGCGAACCCCAGCCGAAGAAGUCGCUCGAAAGCGCUGCAGCGUACAUCAUCUUCGUGUACGGCCUGCUCGCGGUUUACGGCGUCUUUUCCAACCUGAUGUUGUUCGUCCAUAUCCUCCGGUACCGCCUCUACAAGGACCCCACGUUCAGUUUUAUCAUCAACAACGUCGUGAGUGACGUCAUGAAAUGUGUGGUGGUGCUGCCGAUGACUCUUUACGUGCUGCUCGUACAGAACUGGAUGCUUGGUGAGCUACUCUGCACUUUUCUUCCGAUGAUACAGGACAUCCCGCUUCACGUGACGAUGCUCACCUAUGUCUUCCUGUCCUGGGAUAGGUACAGGUACCUCAGGCAUCCCACCUUGCCACGCCUACCGGCGUUCGUCUGUACUAUAGGGUCGUGGCUCACUUCGGUUUGUCUCGUGCUGCCGUAUCCGAUCUACAUUACCCAUAUCGAUCUCGGGAUGUACGUCAAAGACUCGACAUUCGACGGCGUGAGCAUCUGCGUCGUAAAUUUGACCGACGAUAUGAAGGAGUACAUGAGAGGAAUCUUCCUGGUUACAUACGCCGGUCCCCUGGCUGCGAUAUCAUACUUUUUUGUGUGCUCCUCACGUGAGCUCGCGUAUCACAGCAACGCGGCCGCCGUGUAUUUCGAUUCAAGGACGAGAGGAGAUGGUAGAUCCCGUACCGAUUCCAAUUCUACGGUGACUGCGACGACUACCGAUCUCAGAAGCAGCAGGGGUGCGUGCAGCCAAGACAGCCGCUACAGCACCGACAGCUACGCGGACUACGGCCGAACCCGCUACGAGACGCACGAGCCAGAGGUAGAUGUGGUGAAGGAAAAACGCACCCAAUAUUAUUUGGGAACGAUCAUCACCGUCAACGCGGUCUGUCUGUGCCCGUUGAUGAUCAUGAGGCUCGCCAGGGUGGCUUUAUCCGAGACCUACGACAAUAGCAGCCACUUCGACUACACCUACGUCAUAUUCGUCUGGGUCGGGUUUCUACCUACGUGCGUGACGCCGCUGGUAUUCACUUGUUGGCAGAUGAGCAGAUCGUCUAAAAAACGUUUGAAGGGUUACUUUCGAUUCAGCAACCGGAAGUUGAGGCACUCGUGCGAAAUGGUAGUCACAUCCGCUGGCACGCCGGCUUCCAGACUGAAAAUCGUGGAAUCUUCCGACAGAUUGGAAGACGUCUGUCAAAUUAACAGAGCCGGAUGCGCGGGCAGUUCGUUUUGUUGAUGUUACUGACCCGGAAAGGUCGACGUGCGAGCGAAGAACCUAGGAGGCUCUGAGCAACUAAUUUGAAAGUUCACCGGACAGGUGCCGUCGAAAGCCUAUCUUAUGACGCAGUCGGUGUACAAUGUUUCGUCGGAGUAAGUGUUUGAUGUUAUCAACGAAAAUGUUUAGAUUAUAAGGACGCUCGCCGCAAGCGCUUUCUGGGGCUCUAUUUUUGAAAAAUGCGAAUGCGCUGCUACAGAAUAAGAAAAAGUUUGGGCUGCACAAACUGGCGGUGGUGCACUUUAAGUAUUAUGCAGACUUCGUAAAGUUUUACGUAGAGUUUAAAAGAUAAAACUGAUGGAUCGAAUUAUUUUUUUAAGUUGCAAAUAAUAUACCCAAAAUUUCUUUCUUGUCGAUCGUCCACCUUCAGUAAAAGAUUUUGUUUAAUAAUUGGCAGGGGAGCGUUCUUUUCGGGUCAAGAAUAGAGCUCCGAAGUGAGACAGUUAUAAAUUUAAAAAAACUCGACUGUUUGUAUAGCGCUGAUCGGGAUUUUCCUAUCGCUCGUACCUCCGAUAUGCGUCUAUUUUCAAUUAAUCGCGAUUUAAUGAAAAUUUUCGAACUAGAAAGUGCGGGCUUCGGAUUUUCCGGAUCAACACCAGCCCCGAACGCGUACAAACGGUGGGCUUUUUUUUAUUCUUAGGUAUGCGAUUUAUUUCGUUAAUUCAAGUGACGUUGUUUUAAACAUCGAUUUGGUAAAACGCCAAGUUGUAAGGACGAAAAUUCCAAGUUGCUCACUUAAUACGAGGGACCCAGUACUUUCACGUUGUUAAAAAUGCGAUCGUUUUGGCGAGAACA